AUGGAGGCACAGCCAAAGAAGAAUUUGAAAGAAGGCAGACUGAAGAGAAAACGGUCUGGUCAUGGAGAAACACGUCAAGAAGAGGGAGGGAGAGGAGACAGAAACGAAGGUGUAAAGAGGAAGCGACUGGAUGCCAUGUCUGUGGGUUACUUCCGCAGAGUUAACGAGAGACUGAGUGAUGGAUUCACUGAAGAUGAAGAGAGAUCGCUCUUUGUUGAAAACGUACUGUUGGAGGUGAAAGGAAAAGCCACCCUUGUUGCUAUGGAUAUGACUGGCAGUGUGACUCUGCAGAAGUUACUGCCAUUGGCUAGCCUUACUCAAGUAGGCGAAGUCCUGGCGGAGCUGGGAGGAGAGACAGGUUGUGAGUUCAAACCAGUGUCUUGUGACCGCUGUGGUGGUCAUGUUAUGGAGAGUGCACUGAGACAGAUGUCCAGGUGGACAGAAGAGGACCAGACUGGUAACACAGAGGAGGAGACACAGGGAGAGGAUAAUGGGAUGCUGGAGGCUCAGGUUCUGUUACUCUCUGGUGUGGUUAGAGAGAAUUUCACAGAGUUCCUCAGACACACUCAUGGCUCCCAUGUGGUGCGAACGCUCAUACACGUGUUGGGAGGCUGUCUGGGUCCAGAGCGUUCAGAUAAUCAUUCAGGUCGAAAAUCUACCACCUUACUGACUGACUUUGAAGCACCUGAUUCGUUCUGGAUGGAGCUGAAACAUGUGUUUGGCUGUCUAAUGGAAAACAUGAAGAUUUGUGUCACUGAUGCAGUUGCUGGUCUGGUGCUGCAGACAAUGCUGACAGUCUGUCACAGCAAAAGACCAAAACUUUGCAAACAGCUCAAUAAAGGGAUCAUUGGAUACAUAACAUCUCUCAGCUCUGCUCCUGGUGUCAGUCCCCUUUUGGUAUUUCUGAAAGACCAGGCCUCCAGUCGCCUCAUUGAAACAGUUAUUCAGCUGUCCCAUAAGGCUUUGCUUCGUGACCUGUAUAAAAACCACCUCAGAGGCCAGUUGGUGUCCCUUGCACUCCAUCCCAUCGCGAACUUCCCCGUUCAGAAACUGAUAUCUGCAUCAGCCCAUCUCAAAAUAUUUCUUAAAGUGUUUGAUGAGCUGAACGAUGGGGUGGAGGCUAUCUUGGCUGCAGGUCACAUGGGUGUAAUAAUCCAGCUGGUGGACAGCUGUGCGCAAAGGGAGGAGCGUCAAGGAGUGAUGCUACAGCGCCUCCUUGAGGCUUUCCACUGCGCAAAGCCUGCAUCCCGUCACCUCUCAUGCCUCCCACUGUUUUUGUCUCUGCUUGCCUAUGAGGUGUACUACAACACUGAGACAGCAGAGGGCGAUACAGUCACACAGAGACCCCUUGGCUCCAUAUGUUAUCACGGUUCUUGUCUUGUUCAAACCCUGGCCAAAUUCAAAGACCGCUCGAUAUUAAUGAACAGCCUGCAUAGCCUGACCCCCGCUGACCUUCUGACCAUGGGCACUGACCAGUUUGGGAGCCACGCCCUACAGUCCCUGGUGACCUUGGCAAGUGACAAAGGGAAAGGAAAGAUACUGAGGAAGCUAGAGGGUCAGUAUGUACAACUGGCCUGCUCCAAAUACGGCAGCCGUCUGUUAGAAGCAAUAUGGAACAGCGCCCCUGUCAGUCAAAGGCAGAACAUAGCACAGGAGCUUGUGCCCAGUGAAACUCAGCUCAGAUCAGAUCAGUUUGCCCGACACGUCUGGGCAAAAUUUGCCCUGGCACAUUUCGUGAGGAGGCGCGCCCAAUGGCAGGAAAUACAGUCCGGCGAAUCAAAGAAGAGAAAGAUGUUUAGUGACAUUUUGGACUAAAAAGGAAUGUGACAUGUUUUAAUGGCAUAAAUUAUGACGUUUUUCAGAAUGGUUUUUGUAUGAAAAAAACCAAAACGUACAUUUAUGUGGUCUUCUGUCAGGAUAUAGUAAGAUCACUAUGCUUUUUGUAUUAUUUUCUCUGCAGUUCUCAUGCCAUGUACAUGCUCAAUUGUAUGAUUGGGUGUGGUGCGUUUGUUUCAUGUGUUAAAAACCUUUCCUGGGAAAUACAGAGCGUUUUCAGCGGAAUGGUGUCGCACAUUCUGAGGUCUU